AUGGUACCAGAAUUAGCAUUUUAUAGGAUGAGUUUGACUUGUGACUACUCGCUAAAAGAAAAAGGUAUCAUUCCAGGACGAGCAUUACGACAGUCGAAUGAAGACAUGGAAAACGAAACUUUACAACGCCGUUCAACGGCUACAAUCCAGAAUAUGGGAAUAAAUUCUUAUUCUACAUUUGACGAUCAAAGUGAUCUUACUAACGAUAAAUUACCUGUACUACAACAAAAUACACAUUGUAUUACUCAAGAACAACGUAUAUCUGAUUUAAAACAUACAUUCUACAACGAACAGUUAUCUUCAAGUAAUACAACAAUGAAUUGGGAUAUGGAAUCUAAUUAUAUAUGUCCAUCAGUUGUACAUCAUUCUUCAAAUAAUAAUUAUAUACAUUUAAGUGAAUGUAUAUUACAAACAAAUCCAUCAACAACAAUUAUUCAAAAUCCACAAACAAUAAAAUUAAAUAAUGAUGAUGAAAUACAACAAGAUAAUAUUAAUAAUACAACACAACAAUCAUCAUUAAUAACAAAACAAAAUUUUACAAAUUUUACUAAUACAGAUCUCAAUGGUUCAAAAGUAAUUCGUCUUGUUCGUGCUAAACAAGCUACAAAACGUAAAUCAAGUUUAGAUACAUUAAUUGAAGUUGUACAAAAAGAAUUACUUCGUGUUAAUGGUCAAACAAAUUCAACAUCACCACCAUCAUCACCACCACCAUCAACAUCUCAUUAUUCUCAAACACGUUCAUCAACAUCAUCAAAACAACAAUCACAACAACAUCGAACAAUUAUAUCAUCUGUAUUACCAUCAUCACAUCCAAGUUCAUUAACAUCACAAUCAAAUCAUUCAUUUAAAAUAGCACGUAAACGAACAAAUCAUCAUUUAAAUAAUAAUAAUAAUACAAAACGAAUACCAUUAAAUCGACAUCGUAAUAAAUCAUUUAAUAAUAAUAAUGAUAAUUUUACAGAUGAUAUGGAUUUUAUGGAUAAUAAUGAACAACAACAACAAUUAAAUGAAUCUAUAGAGGAUGAUAAUAAUAAUCAACAAUCAUCAUCAUCGGAAAAUGUUGAAGAAAUUGUUCGUGAUACUGUUGAUAAACUUGUUGCAAUAACAUUACUUAAUAAUGCACCAUUUAUUGUUAAUAUGAUAACUGGUACAUCUGGUAAUAAUACAACAAAUAUAAAUAAUGAAUCGAAACCAUUAACAAAUAUUGUUAAUACAAAUACUACAUCUACAAUAAAACCUAUAACAACAUCAUCAGAUUAUUAUCGUAAUGAUCUUGCAUUACUUUCAACAACUGCAAGUGAAUUACGAAAUUCAAUGCAACAAAUAUCACCUAUUAAACAACCGACAACAACAAUUUCAACUGAACAAAUUAAACCUUCAACAUCAACAUUAUUUGUUACACCAUCACGUAUAUUAAAUUUACAAACAGUUAUACCAAAACCAACAACAAAUAUUCAAAUUGGUAAUACAAAAAUUAUACUUGUUUCAUCAUCAACAAAUCUUCCAUCACCUUCAUCUCAACAACAACAACAAACACUUGUGAAUAAUAGUCCAGUUAAAUUAGUUAAAUUAACAUCAACAUUACCAAAAAAUGUUCAAAUUGUUAUACCAUCUCGAACAACAAAUGAAUCUCUUUCAACAACAAUUCAUCCAUUAACAACAUGUUCUAUUGAUCAAAUACCACAAGCAGCACAAGAAGUAACAAUAACAACAUCAUCAUCAUCAAAUAUAAAUAAAUUACGUCGACGUUCAUCAAGUACAACACCAACAGAUAAACCUGUUGGUAAAAUUUUACGACCUAUUGCAAAAGUUCUACCUGUUUAUUCAUCAAAUAAUAGUAAUCAUGUAACUAGUCCAUCAUCAACUUUAAUAACAAAUUCAAAACAUGAUGAAAUAACUAAACCAAUGGCAAUUAAUUUUCAACAACGAUCAACAUCAACACAUGGUCCAAUGAUAUAUCGAAUGACAUCAGUGAAUUCAAAUGUACCUGUAUUUCGUGUACAUGCAACAACAACAACUCCGACAACAUCAACAAUUAAUACUGAUUCAAAACCAAUAUCAGUUGCUACAACUACAAAUAUGUGUUAUGAAUCUAAACAAACACAUAAUACUACAACAACAACAGGUGGAUCUGUAUCUGUACUUGCUUGUUUUAAAACAACAAAGAAAAGAAAUAAGGAACGAGCUAUUAUGCCACGUCCAAGUACAAUAGAUUCUGUAGAUACUUCUCAUGAUUUACAACAACGAUUAAAUACUACAACAACUAGUAAUGUGCCUUUAACAAUUAAUAAUCAUAGUACAACAGUUGAUAUAACAAAUGGUAAUUCAACAAUAUUUUCAUCAUCUGAUUAUCGUCAACAAUCAACAUCAACACAUCUUAUACAACAAUAUAAUUUAUCAACAUUAAAACAACAACAUAAUGAUUCAACAAUAUCAUCAUAUGAUCUUAAUAUAUCAUCUUCAAAUAGUAUUCCAAUAAAACAUUGUAAUUUAAAUACAAUUAAAACAAUAACAACACCAUUAAUAUCACCAAUAUGUUCAACAACAAAUAUACGACCAUUAAUGGAAGAUAAAUGUAUACAAUGUAUUGAUGAUAAUGAGAACAGUACUGAACAUAAUGAACAAUUAAUAAAAAAACGAAAUGGACAAUCUCAUGAUGAUGAUGAUGAUGAUAAUAAUUUGUCUAAUGAUGAAAGUUGGACAGUAGCAGCUGACACUCUUCUUCGUAAUGUUCUAUCACAAUAUGGUUUUCGUUUUUUGGAUGUUAAUUGUCAACAAAAUUUAUUAGCUAAAUUUGAUAUUAUUCAAGCUAAUCUUGUUAGUGGUAUGAUAUCAUCAAAAGAUGAAUUUUAUAAAUCUGUUUAUGAUAUAAAAGAAAGUUUACUUAAAAAUGGUCUAUCAAAAAUAUCUGCUGAUAAUCUAGAAAAAUUAUUUAAUUAUUUUGAAGUUGAAUAUCCAAAAAUUCGUGAUGGUGAUACAAUUAUUCGAACAAAUGAUCGAAAACGAACACGACGACAAUAG